UUCAGUCUAAUUUACUUAAUUAUUCUUAUAAUUAAAUUUAUUAAAUAUUUUUUUUAAUGUAAGUGAAUUAUUAAAAAUAAAAUAUUAGUAUGAAAUUGAUAGAGCAUCGUUUGGCGUAGAAUAUUUUACAGCUCAAAUCUAGCUUCGGGACCCAAAAUAUUACUUAUAGAUAAAUAGGAAAUAGUGUGCGACUCCAAUGUCAUUAAUGUUAUAAGAGCCAAGAUCCGAAGAGAGUGGUGAGAAGUUGACAUUGGUGAUUCCAAAUACUCAUAAAAAAGUUUGAUAAAAAAGAAAAGAAAAAAGACUCUCGAACGUCUAAACCGGCGACUCUCACUGGCCAAAGCUUCCAUUAGAACAUGCAACUAAAUGAAGCAGAUCCUUAUUAAUUCUCUUACCAUAUUUCUCUUUUUCAUUUGUGAAAUUACAGAGAAAUUGGAGAAAAGAUGAGAAGUGGGGCUGAUCAAGAUUACCUGAAAAAGCACUCGCAUCAGCAACUGCAUACCAAGUACAAGCUUAAGAUGCUUGUGCUUGUAAUAUUAACCAAUCUUCUCACUGUCUACAUCUUUGCUGGUCCUUCUUUAAACCUGAAGCUCCCUGGCGCCUGCACAAAUCACAUCCCUUUCACUCUUUGGGAUUCCAAUAUUCUCCUGCGUGAGCUUAACUCCACUAAAGAGCAGCUUGCUGCUAGUACUCUGCUUAUUUCUGAUUUGCACCAGAAGCUCAACUCCACCAACUUGCUUGUGGAAGCACUUCUUAUAGAACUAACCAGUGCCCAGCAGCAUGAGAAGCUAGCCCAACUUCCUGUCAAGUACCCUGAUGUAUCUGGCGUCGAUUUUUCUGAUGAAGUUAUGCUAUCGAUAGGUCCUCAUAAGCUCCCACUUGGGUACUCACCAAGGAUGGGAUCUGAUGAGGUCCAUGCGCCAGCUGGUGCAGCCUGCUUGAGGUAUCAAGAAGAUUUAACCAAAUACAUGACUUAUGAAGUUGGAGGAGUUUGUCCGGUUGAUGAUGUGUUUGCUCAAAGGUUGUUGCUUAAAGGAUGUGAGCCUCUCCCCCGCCGGAGAUGCCGCCCUAGGUCUCCGGAAAACUAUGUAGAACCGACCCCAUUGCCUAACAGUCUUUGGGCAACACCACCUGAUACCAGCAUUAUCUGGGAUCCUUAUACUUGCAAAAGCUACAAGUGCCUUGUCAACCGCCAAAAUGAGCCAGGCUACUUCGACUGUAAGGAUUGUUUCAAUCUACAGGGGAGGGAGAAGACGAGGUGGAUGUUUGAUAAUGGAGGACUUGAUUACGGAAUUGACCAAGUUCUCAAAUCAAAACCUCAUGGAACAAUCCGUAUUGGACUCGACAUAGGAGGCGGGACUGGCACAUUUGCAGCUAGGAUGAAGGAAAGAAAUAUUACCAUCAUCACAAGCUCCAUGAAUCUGGAUGGUCCCUUCAACAGCUUUAUUGCUUCCAGGGGAUUAAUCCCAAUACAUGUUAGUGUCUCUCAGAGGCUUCCGUUCUUCGAGAACACACUGGACAUAGUUCAUUCCAUGCAUGUUUUAAGCAACUGGAUUCCAGACGCCAUGCUGGAGUUCACACUCUAUGACAUAUACAGAGUGCUGAGGCCAGGGGGACUCUUCUGGCUUGACCAUUUCUUCUGCACAGGAUCGCAGCUGAAUGAGACUUAUACCCCAAUGCUUGACAGCGUUGGGUUCAAGAAGCUAAGGUGGAAUGCUGGCAAGAAGCUUGAUCGAGGAAUUCACAAGAAUGAGUGGUAUUUCUCUGCUCUGUUGGAGAAACCGAUGACCUAAUCAGGUACUGAUACAUGGCAGUUUUUGUUCCAAGUAUGCAGUAGUUUGUAUAACAAGCAUGUUUCAAUGCAAAUGAAAAGAUGAGUUUGUGAAGA